AUGAACUUUGAAAGAAGGACGACUAAAUCCAAAGGUUCCAUGUUCACCAAAGUUUUGGAUGUGAAAUUGAGACGCAAAUAUUUUUCUAGUUUUAAUUCACCAAAUAAACAGCAAUAUUCCUCAUUUGAAAAUGACAAUCUUAAUGAUGGUGAUGUCCAACGACAUUCUUCAAAAACUUUUGAAAUUCCUUUGAAAAACGAAAGACAUCCAAAUGAUGUAACUGCAACUGUUUGGAAACUAAAUCGAAAAUACCUGUCUUCUCAUUCACAUUCAUUCGAUACAUCUAGAAAAGUUCACACUUUAAUCUCUGAUUAUCGAAGACAUACAUUGAAUGUGAAAAAUUCAACUCCGUAUUCAGAAGACAAAAUGAGAAUAAUUAAAGGAAGUGUUUGCACAAUAUUUGAAUUAACAUCGAGAUCACAGGAAAGUAACACACCCGGGAAAUUUCUAUCGCAUGACGUUAAUCAUACAAGUAGCUGUGACCAUCGUGAUUCUGAAGAUGAAACUAAUGAGAAAGUUAUUGUUUUGAAGAAUAACAAUAUAGAAGAUUAUAAAAUCAAUGAAGUUAAAGCUGUUAACAAAAACCUCUUUGGUUCUGAAAAAUGUGUGAGUGAAGGAGAUGAAUCUUGGUUUAUUAUUCCGCCUACUGGUAUCGAUGGUCCGUGUUCUCAAAAUCAAAAUAGUACUUAUUCAAGUAUCAGUUCGAUUGUUUCGGAUUUCACAAGCAUGAGUCAUUCUGUUGGCAAGAGUACUGGAUCUCACAAGUCUCUUAUGAAUACAUUCUACACUCCAACCAUGAAACGUCGAAAUAGACUACCGAUUCCUUCUGAAUUUCUUAAUUCUACGUCCUCAGGACCUGUGAUCUACAAACCAACCACGCGAUCAUCGAUGACGAAUAUGUAUUCAGAGUUGAAUAAAUCAAGUGAUCAAGAUUCAGGGCUUUCAUCGCAGCUAAGUAGUACAUUUCGAAGUACAGAUGUGGAAACUCAAAGUAGAGAUAUAAGGGAACAUAGAAAUCUAGUAGGAUCUUCGGCAAGUUGGGCGACCACUUUACGUCAGUCUAUGAAAAAAGCGAAUAAUAAACGUACUUUAUUGGCAGGUUGCACUUUGUUUAAUAGGAACCCAGUCGAAGGAGUCAACUACCUUAUAAGAAAUUAUAUUUUAUUGUCUGAUCCCAUUAAAAUUGCUCAAUUCUUAUUCCAUGAACCAAAUCUCAAUCGGCAAGCUAUUGGAGAAUACUUUGGUCUACUUGACAACACAUUGGCAAUGAAAGUUUUAAAGGAAUUUUUAUUGCUGAUCAAUAUGAAGAAUAUGGAAGUGGAUGUUGCCUUGCGUUCAGUUAUCGGACAUUUCCAUCCCUCAGGUGAAUCUCAAAAAAUCGCUCACCUAAUGAAAAUAUUUCAUGAAGUAUAUAUUAUUCAAAAUCCAGAUCGUGUCCGGAAAAAUUUUCAUAGUCCUGAAACAGUGGAAGUUUUAGCAUAUUCAGUGCUUUUGUUACACACUGAUCUUCAUAAUCCUAACGUUGGAAAAAUGGGCAAACGGAUGACCAAACAAGGGUUUAUUAACAAUAAUCGUGGAAUUGAUUCUGAUCAUGAUGUGUCUACAGAUUUACUGGAAGGUAUUUAUGAUCGUAUUGCUGCUUCUGAGUUUAAGACAUUACCAGAUCCGUCCGAUAAACUUCGUGCUUUGGAUGGAGUUUUGGUCGGUCCUUUAAAAACAGACAAUUUUGUACAACGACAUCGUCGUUUCAUUGGCAGAAUAUUGACCCAAGAAAUUGAAAAAAUUGCUCCUCGAAAAUUACCGGGUAGAAAUAAUGCUCGAUGGCGCCACUUACUAAUAUUUAACGACAUAUUAGUGGUUGUCAAAUCAUUGAAUACAACCCGAUUACGAUCAGGUUCCCUUAUAAAUUCUGUCGCAGUAGUUGCUUUUGGAGAUCAAAAUGGUACUCGUCAUUAUGCACCAAGGAACUCCGUAUCUAGAGAUGACAGUAGUUGUAGUCCUUUCGGUCCGGUUCAAGAUGUAACACAAAAGGUGUUCUGUUCAACUGAACCAUUUGCUACGGAUACAACUUUUCAAGUUCGAAGUGUUUAUCCAUUCCUUGAUCUUCGAGUGUUGGUCUUUGAAUCAAAUUAUUAUCGAUACGGAGUUCAAUUGUGUAAUUCUAAUGGCCCUGUAAUUAGUUUAAAUAUGCCAUCUGAAGCAUGUCGUCGUCAAUUCAUCGACUGGGCGUACGGAUCCAUUGCUGAAAUGGAGGAAUUACAACAACAUCAACAAGUUAAGAAAAGUGAAUGUGAACGAACUAUUAUUGUUAAUUGUAAACGGAGCCCAACGAAGACUACUGCUAAUGGUACUAUUUCUAUUAUUAAUGGCGAUAGAUGUGUCAUGCCUUCCUCAAGAGUAACUGAAAAAGUUAUCUUAUUUAAUACCUAA